AUGGCAAGUGAGGAAGAGAGUUUUCUUGUCCUAGUGCAUUGUUCUGGGAAAAUUAAAAGAAGCAAAAAAUAUAGUGUGAAGUUCACUGACAGAGAACCAUUGAGUGUAUUCAUCAGUUCAUCAAGCACUUUGUCAGAUGUAAAGAACAGCAUCUUGCAGAAGUUUGGGAUAUUUGGGAGCAAGUGUGUGAAGAAGCUAUUCUACAAGAUUUCCGUCGCAGUUGUCUCGACCGGUGUUAAGUAUGAUACGUUUGUGCUAGCGGCCGAUGAAAAUAUUAGGAUUCUGUUUCAUUGUGUUAAGAGUUUUCCGGAGGUCAAAAUACACGAGCUGUAUGCGAAGUUGGAGGUUGGUGUCGAUAGUUCUAGGGCAUCAACUCCAGUUCAUAGCUCGACUGCCGCAAGCGGUGCAUCUAGUUCGAUGCCUGUGGCCAGACCAUCUGUUCCGCAAGUCGCAUCCCCUUCCUUCGCGGCUAAUUUAGAUCGAACGGAGGUAGUUGGUUCUGUACCGUUGGAGAAUCCUGGGGUCUGGCAGCAGGGAUUUGAGGUGGAUACCGGUGGUGGCAUGAUUCAUGAUGUUCAAGACUUCGGAAAACCUGAUCGGGUAGAGAAUGCAAUGCGGGACAAUGACUCUGACCAGGAGCCUGUAGAUAUCAUUGGGGACAGCGAUGAUGACACAGGUGCCAAUCCACAUGCACAGUACGGGCCUUCAAGUUCUAGCAUACAGCAGUACCCUCCACACUUCUCCACUCUAAACUUGGAGGCUCUGGGUCAACAGGCAGACGGAAGUGCUACAAUUGGUGGUUCUUCUACAGAAUUUCAGAUUGGGCAAUCAUUCCAGAAUAAAUAUGAAGCUGUUCUGAGUGUGAAGGACUAUAGCAUCUGUCGAGGUGUUGAGUACAGAGCCUUGGAAUCAGAUCAUCUUAAGUAUCAUGGAAAAUACAAGGAGUUCGGCAAGGGUUGUAGUUGGUUGAUUCGCAUAUCGCUUCGUGCACGAAAGGGCACUUGGGAGGUUAGGAGGUACAACGGUCCGCACACUUGCUUGGCCACCUCUAUUUCCAGUGAUCACCGUCAGCUUGAUUACCACGUUAUCUGUGCGAAGAUUUUUCCGUUGGUUAUGGCUGAUGCUGCGGUUACGAUAAAGGUCAACAAGCAACAGAAGCCGAUUACGGGUUCAAGCCUAGUUACAGGAAGGUUUGGAUGGCAAAACAGAAGGCAGUAG